AUCCGUGUCUCGGAGUGGAAUGUCCAUCCAAUCAAGUAUGUCAACUCGACGACAAUCGGAACCCUAUAUGUCGGUGUAACGCAGUCUGCCCUGGUGAUUUCCACCCCGUGUGUGGUUCUGAUGGGAAUACUUACACUAAUGAGUGUAUUCUCCGCGUGGAGGCGUGCAAGUCACGACAAGGUCUCAGGAUUAUCUAUAUGGACAAGUGCAGCGAAGGGGCGAACCCGUGUGAGAGUGUCCAGUGUGGUCCUGGUCAGGAGUGUGACAUCGACAGGUAUGGAAUUGCCAGUUGCAAGUGUCCAAGCGGUUGUGAGCCGGUCAUGAGACCCGUCUGUGGAACAGACCAAGAAACCUACGACAGCGAUUGCGAGCUCCAAAGACAGGCUUGUGUCCAGAAGAAGAACGUGGCAGUAGCUUACAGAGGAGUCUGUGAUAAGCAGGGACCUUGUCACGAUUUUGCUUGUCAGUACAGUUCGAGGUGUUUUGUGAAGAACGGAACUCCUGUUUGUGAAUGUCCAACGUGUACUGAAGAGUUCCAACCAGUAUGUGGCAACAAUGGAAUCCUUUACAACAAUCUCUGUAAGCUGAAGAAAGAAGCCUGUGAAAAACGAACCGAGAUUAGCGUCGCCUUUGAAGGACUGUGUGACGGUUGCGACAACAAGAGAUGUGAAUACUACGCUGUGUGCGAGAGUACUGGAAACGGAAAUGCCAAGUGUGUUUGUCCUCAGUCUUGUGUCCAG